GUCGGCCGGAGGCAGAGUGCCCUCUCCUUACUCUGAACAGCUACUUGCAUCAUCCGCCUUCGCCAUGGCACCCAUUUCCAUGUCCAAAGAUGGGCCCUCGCCACAGGAAUCUUUCACGCAAAUGGCCGACAAAGAUCUAGAAUCGAUCGGGCGUCACUGUCAAUUCGACUAUUGCAACCAACUCGAUUUCCUUCCAUUCCGCUGUGAGUCCUGUCGUGGGACCUUCUGUCUUGACCACCGCACGGAAACUUCGCAUAAAUGCCCCAAAGCCGGUGAAUGGGCUCGCCGACGAAACGCUCAGAACGCAAGCCCCGGCACCAGUCUCCCGACGCAGAAACCCACGAUCUACAACUCGGACCAAUGCGCGCAUCUCGACUGCAAAACCCUCAUCAACACGAUGAAGGACCCGGGCGUUCGAUGCCCCAACUGCAACCGCCAGUACUGCCUGAAGCACCGACUCCGGGAGGAACACGACUGCGCCAAGAUCACCCCGCUGGGCGGUCGGCCGGCCGCCGCAGGCUCCAACGCCAACGAGACGCUGCGUUCCAUGUUCGCCCGGGUCCGCACAUGGGGCAAAGAUAAGAGCCACGCGGCGACCCAGAGUCUCACGCCGACUCCGAAACCGAAUAGCCCGGCGGCGCGGGCUGCACAGCUGAACACACUCAAGAAGUCGGCCAAGGGCGACGCCAAUGUUCCCGCCGACAAACGGCUCUAUCUUCACGUGGUCGGCACAUCGGAUACGCAGAGGGUAGACCCGCCGAAGGGCGACUUCUACUUUGAUAGCCGGUGGAAGGUCGGGCGGGUUCUAGACGAUGCGGCGCGGCGACUGCGGGUGGAGAACGUGAACAAUCGUGCGGAGGAAAAGGAGCGACUCCGGAUCUUCCAUGUCGAGUCGGGGGAGUUCCUCGAGUUUUCGGAUGCAAUCGGAGCCGCGAAGGUGCAGUCUGGACAUACCAUCGUCUUGAUGAGGGGUGCGGGUGUGAUGCUGGGGAAGUAGAUCUAGGUUGGGGGGGAGAGCUCUCAUCUUACUACCACUCUGCUCUUUUUUGAUUUUCUUAUACUUGGAUUUGAUGAGAAGUUAUGAUACCAUCGCAUUGUUUGGCGAUUGUCGUUAGUAUUAUGCAUCAGCAUGCAGGCGUUCCGGAGUGGGUUCCAGACGGAAAGAUGAAGAUUAAAUGGCAGCUCGUUGAGCAAUCUAUAUAUAACUGACUC